GAAAAUAUUAAUCCAAGAUGUCAACUCCCAAGAUCCAGUUUAUCGUUAUUAUUUCAAAAAUUCAUUUGAAAAAUCAAGGAGAUUUAGCAAGGAUUAAUCACGCAUACAAUUUCGCUUGCCUUGCCUUGUCUCGUUGUCCUGACAACGUCAGGAUCGAAACUUCUUACAAGCGCAGUUUUGGAAUACUUCUUCCUCUGCUUGUCAUCAGCUUUAUCCUCAUUUCUCUUGCCAAACGAAUCAACAUGACCAAAUUUGUGAGUAUUUUUGAGAAGCCUGUACCUCAUAUUGGCCUACCGGAUUGGUACGCCAAACAAUGGGAGCUGCGACGAAGCGCGGACAUUAGACGAGCCGAGGCCUGUCAAUUACGGAAUUCGGGCAAAAGUACUCGUUCCGAGGGAAACAUCACGACAAAGUGGGACACUUGUACAAAUAAUACUCGAUUGGUGAACAGAGUAACAGAAUUAUCGAGAUGGAAGGACACACUGGAGGACUUGUUGCAAAAGUUAUUAAUCGAGAUACGUUUGCUGAGCGACGAGAAGGCCGAUACGGAGAAGGAAAUUGAAAACAUAGAUUAUCCUCUGCGAAUUGUCAACGAGUGCAUCUCGAUAAGGGAUUGCCGUAGAGGAACCGAGCUUACGUACGACGAGACUGACGUCGAGCUGAAGAAGGAACUCUGCGCGAUCGCAAAUGUUAAAGAAACGUUCACCAACAGGGCACAGGCCGCGUGGGAAAAGUUGAAUCACUUGGAAGACGUUAAAUUCAAGCUGAGUUUGGAUAUAGAAGAUAAAAGUGAAACUAUUAGAAUAGACAAGGGAAAUCUCGAAUUGGAUGACAUUUGCGCGAAUAUAAGCUACAAGCCGAGAACGUCAAUUACCGAAAAAACAGAUUCCAUUACAUAUGAGAUGUGGUCGGACCGAUGUCAACGCUUAAAAAUGUUAGUCGACAAUGAGCUGAGUGAUGGUUACACUUUUCGCGAAGCUAUGCGCGUAAUGAAGGAAUGUGCGCGAAAUGAUAUCAAAGCUCAACAAGAUGCGACGGAUUACACUCUGAGAAAGAGGAUUUAUCAAACGCAAAAAGCUAGAAAUGAGAUGGAAUGGCAGAAGCUCAAGGUGCAGAAGGAAAUGGAAAUGUUGGGAAAUGAGAUAAUACAGUUGGAAAGAGCGUUAAUGAGUAAAACAGGCGUAGUAAAAUGUGUCGAAACGCGAUUAGAAAAUCGCGCUUAUCGACCUGGCUCGGAGCUUUGUAAGGAUGAAGUUGAAUUUGGCUUGAAGAAUGAAGUUCUGCAAUUGAAACAGACUAAGGAGGAUUUGAUUCAGAUUAUCGAACGUGCAAAAGCAAGCUACAAUAGCCUGGAAUCUUUACUUACACGUAUCGAGAAAAAUCUGGAUGAUAAACAGCACUCUCUAAACACUGAUGUUAUGUGCUUAGACAUAAGAUCAACAAAGAUAGGAGACAAAUCAGGUUUGCCUGAAACAAACCGCAAUAUUGUGCUAACGCACAUGGAGAAAGAAAUUCCACUGGAAUCUUAACUUGGCUAUCUUAUCUGACUUUAUCUUUCUUUCGCUGCCACUUUCUUUGUUAAAAUAUAUAUUUACUUUUAGCUCUAUUGUGCCUAAUAUUUUUAGAUUUUGUAACAUUAUCAGUUUUUUAUUUUUAUAAACAGAUAUUUAAAUUAAUACACAAAAGAAAACUUGAUUAAAGUUAUAUUGAAACAAAGAGCCAUUAACUUGAAUUCAAAUAGUUGUAAAUGAUCGUGAUGGGAAUAAUUUGUGCUAAAAAAAUCAGCCACUCGAUAAGCUGCAUAUUCCAUUUCUCUAGCAAUCAACAAAUGCAAAUAUAAUAGCAGCUUGCAGUAUAUACAUGUUUUUCUUUAUCUUCAUUUACAAGUUUUAUAUGGAGAAGAUGUAUAUUUUUUAUGGUAGAAAUCUUACCUUUUC